GUGUUCGCAGACGAGGCUACGGCCUGGGAGGAGAAGCUCAACCGCAUGCACGCAAUGCUCGACGUGUGGGUAGACGUACAGCGCACUUGGGUCUACCUACACGGCAUCUUCAGCGGCUCGGCUGACAUCCAACACCUGCUGCCGCAGGAGAGCAACCGCUUCUCCAACAUCAGCGCAGAGUUCCUGCAGUUUAUGAAGCGUGUGGCAAAGCACCCGGUCCUAGUCGAGGUGUUGAGCUUCCCCAAUGUGCAGAAACAACUGGAGCGGUUUGGUGAGCUGCUGGACAAGGUGCAGCAUGCGUUGGGUGAGUAUCUGGAGAGAGAACGGAGUGCUUUCCCGCGCUUUUACUUUGUGGGCGAUGAGGAGUUGUUGGAAGUCAUUGGCAACGGCCGUGACGUAGGCAAAAUCCAGAAGAGCUUCAAGAAAAUGUUCACUGGCAUCCACGCCGUUUCAUUGGAUGAGAGCGAUAGUUCUAUCUUGGGAAUGGUGUCGAAAGAAGGCGAGCAAAUCAGCUUCCUCCAGGCCGUGGAUUUGUCGACGAGCCCUCGCAUCAACGAGUGGUUGGGCGAUGUGGAGGUGCAGAUGCGCAACGCACUCGCCGCACUGCUGACUCAUUCACUGGACGGCAUGCAACGCAUGGACACAGCCCAAUUCCACCUGCCCAUGUUCCUGCAGUUGGUAAUAGUCUACCAUAUAAGCAUACCUACCAAGUGUUGUGUUCGUAGGUACCACCUACCAACAAAGAGUUGUUGUCUACAGGCGGGCAGUGAUCUGAAAGAGGUCGUCAGCAGUCUGGAGGCCAAACUCGAAGGGUUGGCUAGUACCAUUCUGGUGCCACAGGAACCACGACGCCGCCGUAAAAUCGAGAACAUCAUCACAGAGCUGGUGCACAAGCGUGACGUGACGCGUGAGUUGGCCAAUAACAAGGUGGCAGACAUCACGUCAUUUGAUUGGCUGCAGCAAAUGCGCUUCUACCACGACACACAACAGGAGCCAACGAAACAGCUCACAAUUAGCAUUGCCGACGCUACGUUCUUCUAUGGCUUUGAAUAUCUUGGCGUGGUAGACAAGCUAGUGCAGACGCCUCUGACAGACCGCAUGUACCUGACCAUGACUCAAGCCCUGAAAAAUCGGUUGGGUGGGUCACCUUUUGGACCGGCAGGCACCGGAAAGACUGAGUCGGUGAAGGCUCUGGGCACACAGUUGGGACGCUUUGUGCUAGUUUUCAACUGUGACGAUAAGUUUGACUUCCAGGCAAUGGGCAGGAUCUUUGUGGGACUGUGCCAGGUGGGUGCGUGGGGCUGCUUUGACGAGUUCAAUCGACUGGAGGAGCGCAUUCUGUCGGCUGUGUCUCAGCAGAUACAGCACAUUCAAAUGACUCUGCGCGACUCCACCAAGGGCGAGAGUAUGGAGACGACCCUCAUGGGCAAGCCAAUCAAAAUCAACCCUGACAUGGCCAUCUUUGUGACCAUGAAUCCUGGCUAUGCAGGACGCUCUAACCUGCCAGACAAUCUCAAGGCACUCUUCAGACCACUGGCAAUGACUGUGCCCGACAGGCAGCUUAUUGCCCAGGUAGAGCUAGCAAACGACCUCGAUGAACAGGCCGUAAUCAUCCAGAGCGUAUGUGAGACCAUGGUGCCCAAGUUGGUUGCUGAGGACAUUCCGCUGCUGUUCAGUCUACUCCAGGAUGUGUUCCCUGGUGUGGCCCAUCUGCCUGCACCGCUCGAGUUGCUGCACGCAGCCAUUAGGGAGGAGUGCGCCGAACGCCACCUGGAAGCGACCCCGCUGUUCAUCGACAAGAUUGUGCAACUGUACCAGAUCCAAGCCAUCCACCACGGCGUGAUGUUGGUAGGUAGCUCUGGCAGCGGCAAGUCGUGUGCGUGGGAGAUCUUGCUGCGUGCGUUAGAGCGUGUGGAUGGACAGGAGGGUGUGAGUUAUGUCAUCGAUCCAAAGGCCAUCUCUAAGGAGGCGCUGUACGGCUCACUCGACUCCACCACACGCGAGUGGACGGACGGGCUGUUCACGGGCACCAUGCGCAAGAUCGUAGACAAUGUGCGUAAUGAGGUGGCUCAACGGCAUUGGAUUGUGCUGGAUGGCGACGUUGACCCUGAGUGGGUGGAGAACCUCAACAGUGUGCUGGACGACAACAAAAUCCUCACUCUGCCCAACGGUGAACGUCUGGCACUGCCCCAGAACGUUAAGAUCAUGUUCGAGGUGGAGAAUCUCAACUCAGCCACACCCGCCACUGUGUCGCGGUGUGGCAUGGUGUGGUUCAGCAACGACACCGUCACAGCCGACAUGCUGUGCGCUCAUUACAUCAACCGCCUGCGCUGCCAACCCCUGCCAGCCGACGAAUUGGAUGUGUUUGAGGGUGAUCCUAAGACGCUGUUGCGAUACCAGGACCAGUGUGCGGGUCUGCUGCACCCGUACUUUGCGCCAGAGGGCUUUGUAUUGGCCUGUCUGCAUGAGGCGAGCACCAUGCCACAUGUCAUGCAGUUCACAGACCUGCGCGUGCUCAACGCACUCUUCUCUAUGCUGGACAAGGGUAUUCGUAACGUGCUCAAGUACAACACGCGCAAUGAAGACCUGCCGAUGGAUACGAUGACCAUGGAGAAGUACAUCACCAAGUAUCUCAUCUACGCUAUUGUGUGGAGUUUCACAGGCAGUGCGUCGCUCGACAGUCGACGCGCACUGGGCGAGUUCAUCCGCCGGUCAACGACUGUAGAAAUGCCCUCGAAUUCGGACCGGUCCAUAAUUGACUUUGAGGUGAACCUAGAGAGUGGAGAGUGGCAGACCUGGGCCGCCAAGGUCCCCACCAUCGAAGUGGAAACUCACAAGGUGGGUGCGCCAGAUGUGGUGAUCCCCACCAUAGACACCGUGCGCCAUGAAGAGUUGCUGUACACGUGGUUGGCCGAUCACAAGCCAGUGGUGCUGUGUGGCCCACCUGGCAGUGGCAAGACCAUGACGUUGUUCAGUGCGUUGCGCUCGCUGACGGAUAUGGAAGUGGUAGGUAUCAACUUUUCAUCGGCAACGAGUCCCGAGCUGUUGCUGAAGACCUUCGACCGCUACUGUGAGUACAAACGGACGUCCACCGGCACAGUGCUGUCACCCAUUCAACCGGGUAAGUGGCUGGUGCUGUUCUGCGACGAAAUCAAUCUGCCCGACACCGACGCCUACGGCACACAGCGAGUGAUUGCGUUCCUGCGCCAAAUGGUAGAGAGAGGGGGCUUUUGGAGGCCUAAUACGCACACCUGGGUGCAACUGGAACGCGUGCAGUUUGUGGGCGCAUGUAAUCCCCCCACUGACCCUGGGCGAAAGCCGCUGUCUCUGCGGUUUACUAGGCACGUGCCCGUGGUGCUGGUUGAUUAUCCAGGAGAGGAGUCGCUCAAGCAGAUCUACCGCACCUUCAACCGAGCACUGCUGCGACUGUUCCCUCACCUCAGAGCGUACGCAGAGAAUGUCACAGACGCAAUGGUACAGAUGUACCUGGAAUCACAGCAGCACUUCACAGUCGACGACCAGCCCCACUAUGUCUACUCGCCUCGAGAGCUGACUCGGUGGGUACGUGGUGUGUAUAAGGCCAUUAAGCACGUGGACAACCUGAGUGUGGAGAUGCUUGUGCGCGUGUGGGCUCAUGAGGCCCUGCGGCUGUUCCAGGAUCGGUUGCUAACGGACACUGAGCGCGAGUGGACGGAUAACAAGAUCGACGAGAUAGCCGCCAAGUGGUUCAACGACUGCGAUGUCAAGGUGUUCUAUGAGGAAGAGUUGGAUGUGCCUCUGGUGCUGUUUAACGAAGUGCUUGAUCACGUGCUGCGCAUUGACCGCGUCUUCCGUCAGCCGCAGGGCCAUCUGUUGCUCAUUGGCGUCAGUGGGUCUGGCAAGACCACACUCACGCGCUUUGUGGCGUGGAUUAACGGACUGAGUAUCUUCCAGGUUAAGGUUAAGGUGUGUGCAUGUGUGGGCUAUGUGCUGUGUGUGGAGUGUGGGCUGUCGGCCCUGCGUGAAGCGUGUUAA